AUGUCGUCCAGUAUCGAACUCAUCAAUCCAAAAGCAGAGAGCGUUCGACGGGCUGCAGCUCUCCAGGUGAAUACCAAUGGGGCGAUGGGUCUUGCUAAUGUAGUCAAGAGCAAUUUAGGGCCCCGUGGCACCCUAAAAAUGCUCGUGGAUGGCUCGGGCCAAAUCAAAAUGACCAAGGAUGGCAAGGUGCUAUUGUCGGAAAUGCAGAUUCAGAAUCCUACUGCUGCUAUGAUCGCACGUACAGCUGUGGCUCAAGAUGAUCAAGUUGGGGAUGGUACCACGUCAGUUGUUCUCCUAGUAGGAGAACUCUUGAAGCAGGCAGAUCGAUUCAUCUCUGAAGGAGUACAUCCGACCGUGAUCGGCGAGGGGUUUGAUCUUGCGAAGAAGGAAGCUCUAGCAUUCUUGGACAGAUUCAAGCAGUCUACUAGCAUCGAUCGAGCCACCUUGAUAAACGUUGCCAAUACAUCUUUAGCGACCAAGAUUAAUGCUACACUUGCCAGGAAACUGGCCGCGGAUGUCGUCGAUGCAGUGUUGACGAUAAAACCUCCCCCUGUAGCCAAAGAGGCUAAAGACCAAUAUCAAGAUCCUAUCGACCUUCACAUGGUGGAGAUCAUGAAAAUGCAACACCGUACCGCGUCAGAUACCCAGCUCGUGCGGGGUUUGGUCUUAGAUCAUGGUGCUCGCCAUCCAGAUAUGCCCAAACGCCUUGAAAACGCUUUCAUCAUGAUCCUCAACGUCAGUUUGGAGUAUGAAAAGACUGAAGUCAAUUCAGGAUUUUUCUAUUCCUCCUCCGAGCAACGCGAAAAACUCGUCGAGUCAGAACGCCGGUUCACCGAUGCCAAAGUAAAAAAGAUCAUCGAACUCAAGCAACUUGUCUGCGAUCAAGCUGUAGACAGCAAAGAAAAGCGCAAAAACUUCGUCAUCAUCAACCAGAAAGGUAUCGAUCCGCUCAGUCUAGACAUGCUCGCCAAGAACGGUAUCUUCGCACUUCGACGUGCCAAACGCCGUAACAUGGAGCGCCUUCAGCUCAUUUGUGGCGGUAUUGCACAGAACUCGGUUGACGAUCUGACGCCUGACGUCCUUGGCUGGGCUGGUCUCGUGUACGAACAUACGCUCGGGGAAGAGAAGUUUACGUUCAUCGAAGAGGUUAAGGCUCCCAGAUCGGUUACCCUCCUCAUCAAAGGUCCCAAUCCCCACACCAUCCAACAGAUUCAAGAUGCACUUCGCGACGGCCUGCGGGCGGUGAAGAAUGCUAUCGAGGAUAACUGCCUAAUCCCAGGUGCCGGCGCGUUUGAGGUUGCUUGUUCUGCGUAUCUUAGCGGCCCAGUGAAGAAGAGUGCGAAGGGGAGAGUCAAGAUGGGAGUCCAGGCCUUUGCGGACGCAUUGUUGAUUAUCCCAAAAACUCUGGCUCAAAAUGGUGGUUUCGACGUUCAGGACGUUGUCGUCGCGCUACAAGAUGAACAAGCUGAGGGCAACACCGUCGGCGUCGACCUUGAGUCAGGCGAGCCGUUCGACCCAACCGUGGAAGGAAUCUGGGAUAACUACAGGGUAAAGAGACAGAUGCUUCACUCAUGUUCUGUUAUUGCCGUCAAUCUCUUAUCAACCGACGAGAUCCUGAGGGCGGGACGUAGUUCGUUGAAACCCGACGGUCAGCAGUGA